AUGGAUAUGGAGUAUGAAGCCAACAGUAGUGACUCUACAACUGCGACAACAGAAGCAGAUUUCAGUCCAACAUUGGGCGAAUCAAAUGUCACGGAGUUCAAUUCAACAGGGAUGGACGUGAAUGAUUCAACUGGCGAGGAUGAUAUGCUAAAGAUAGCCUUCUUUAUAGGGGAUUUCGUACAUCAGUUCUAUAUACCAGUAGUUUGCUGCACGGGCAGCAUUGGGAACAUCCUCUCCGUGUUUGUCUUCUUCAGGACCAAGUUGAGGAAGUUAUCCUCCAGCUUUUACCUGGCCGCUCUCGCCGUCAGCGACACCUGCUUCCUGGCCGGACUUUUCGCACAGUGGCUGAACUUCCUCAACGUGGACAUCUACAAUCGGAACUACUUCUGCCAGUUCUUCACCUUCUUCAGCUACUUGGCCAGCUUCUGCUCCGUGUGGUUUGUGGUGGCCUUCACCGUGGAGCGCUUCAUAGCGGUCAUCUAUCCACUGAAGCGCCAGACCAUGUGCACCGUGCGGCGGGCCAAGAUCGUCCUGUUUUGCCUGACCCUCGUGGGUUGUUUGCACUGUCUGCCCUAUAUAGUGAUUGCCAAGCCGGUGUUUAUGCCCAAACUGAACACCACCAUUUGCGAUCUCAACUCGGAAUACAAAGAACAACUGGCCCUCUUCAACUACUGGGACUCCAUUGUCGUCUACGCGGUGCCCUUCACCACCAUCGCCGUUCUGAACACCUGUACAGGUUGCACGGUGUGGAAGUUUGCCACCGUUCGCCGCACGCUGACCAUGCACAAGAUGAAGCCCCAAACGAACAGCAUGCCAUCGAACUCGUCGAACUCAUCGGGAGGAGCAUCUGCAGUGGCCUCGUACCGCCUUUCGGCAUCGCUGAAGCGCCAGAAGUCGACAGGAACGCAUCCAAGUGGACAGCAUAUUGUGGCCAACAGGCAGCCGGAUGAUCAGGAGCAACAGCAGUCGCAGCAGCACCAGCAGCAUCAAAUAAACAAUUGCCAACACCAUUGCGAGAUUACGCAGAAACCAGCCCGUCGCAAGGUACAAAACUCAUCGCAGCUCAAGGUAACCAAAAUGCUGCUAAUUGUCUCAACGGUUUUUGUCUGCCUCAAUUUGCCAAGCUGCCUGCUGCGCAUCGAGGCCUAUUGGGAGACGGAGUCGGAACGAAACGAGAACUCCACAAUUGCUUUGCAAUAUAUUUUUCACGCUUUCUUCAUCACCAAUUUUGGCAUCAAUUUCGUGCUUUACUGCGUCAGUGGACAGAAUUUCCGCAAAGCCGUAUUGAGUAUUUUCCGAAGGGUUUCAUCCGCUCAACGGGAGGCAGGAAACACCCAAGUGACAGUUUCUGAAUAUUGUCGCAAUACUGGCACUUCAACUCGACGUCGGAUGAUGACGCAACAUUGUUGGAAUGAAAUGCACGAGUUGCAUCCACUCAAGUGAAUGGCUGAGCUUACGGGAAAAUUAA